AUGAAAUUUAUAUUUUCUAUUAUUACUUUAUUUUCAAUAAUUUCAUAUGCUAAUUUAGUUUUAGCAUCAACCCAAGAUUUUUCAUCUUUUAUUACCAAUUUGGAAAAUUUUAUAAAUGAUAAAACAAAGAGUGUAAAUUUAAAUGAUAUUGGUAUUCAUAUGACACCAGAAUAUUUAAAUUUUCAAAUUAAUCAAACUUAUCAAACAUCAUCGGAUCUUUUACUUAGAGAGAAAUUUUCAAAACUUGUAAAUACAAUUCCACCAUGGUCAUCAAAGGAUAGUUUUAUUAUUAAUGAUGGUAGUGAGCCAUUUAUGUUUGAAGAAUAUUCAGAUAUAAUUAAUAAUGCUGAAUAUAAUAAUGAUAAAACUACAUUCAAAUUUUCAUUAGUAAAAGGUCAAUUAUUAAAUUAUUUUAGAUAUUCCAGUAUUUCCGGUGAACCAGGUUACUACAUUACAACAUUGAACAAACCAACUGAAAAUUAUGAUACUACAAACGAUAAUAUUAAUGAUUUAUUUACAAUUCAUCAAUCGUAUGAUUUCCAAAAUUGGGAUUUCAAUAUUGGUGCUGGUAAAACAGUGGUUCCAGUGACUGAUCAAUUUAAAAUUGAAUUUAAUUUAUUAAAAGUUGAUAUCAACAGACUUUCAUGGUUUGCUCCAUCUUUAUUUACUGAUAAAACUUGGCAAUAUGUUAAUCCAGGUUAUGUUAGCAAUGGUAAUGGAAAUGGUAUCAUACCAAAAUUCAUUACAUCUUUAAUUUUAAUUAAAGAUCUCACUAUUACUCUCCAACAAAGUAAUCAAAAUACUGACAUACUUAAACAAAUUAAUGAUGAAUAUUAUUCAACUUCAGGUAAUUCAAUUAGUUUUGGCCCAUUAUUAGUAAAAGAAAAUGAUAAAGUUAGCAAUGAUGUUGAAUUUGUUGGUAAUUCAAUUACAAUUCCAGAAAUUCAAAUGAUUGCAGUCGUUAGUGAUAACGUUCCAUUCUCACCAAUAGAUAUUGUCACAUCAACUCCACAACCAACAAAUCAAAAUCAAAAUCAAAAUCAAACACAAUCACCUUCAAAUUCAAAUAUUUUAAAUCCAUCAUUAUUAAUUAUUUCUUUGAUUUUAAUUUCUCUCUCUCUUUUUUUAAAAUAA